AUGGGAGAAUCUAGUAAAGUCAAGGCUCUUUCUACCACUAUCGGUGAACGUGAAGAGGGAACUACUGAUAAACAAGAUCCAUCUUCUGAGUAUGAUAGAAAGAGGAAACCUCAGGAAGCACAGUCCAUCUUUGACAGUUUGGUUGAAGGAGGUCAUAGACUUUCUCUGGUUACAUACACAACCCUCCUGGCUGCCUUGACCAUGCAGAAGCAGUUCAAAUCUAUACAAACAAUUAUCUUACAGGUGGAACAGAACGGAAUGAAGCUCGAUUCAGUCUUUUUCAAUGCUGCUAUAAAUGCAUUCUCUGAAUCUGGGAACAUGGAAGGGGCUUUCAAGACUUUCUGGAAGAUGAAGGAGAGUGGAUUGAAACCCACCACUAGCACUUAUAACACAUUAAUAAAAGGAUAUGGAAUUAUUGGUAAGCCUGAAGAAUCUCUGAAACUCCUUGAACUGAUGUCCCAAGAGGGAAAUGUGAAACCCAAUCUAAGAACAUAUAAUGUACUUCUUAGAGCAUGGUGCAACAAGAAGAAUAUUAAAGAGGCCUGGAACGUGGUAUAUAAGAUGAUGAGAUGUGGGAUUCAACCUGAUGUGGUUUCAUACAACACAAUAGCAACAACUUAUGCUCAGAAUGGAGAGACAGAACAAGCUGAAGGGAUGAUUUUGGAGAUUCAGAACAAUAAUGUGCAACCCAAUGAACGAACCUGUGGGAUUAUUAUUAGUGGAUAUUGCAAGGAAGGUAGAAUAAAGAAGGCUCUAAGUUUUGUACAUAAGAUGAAGGAACUUGGAGUGCAGCCUAAUCUUGUCAUGUUUAACUCACUGAUCAAAGGUUUUGUUGCCAUCAUGGACAGGGAUGGGGUUGACGAGGUUCUAACACUAAUGGAGGAAUAUCAGGUGAGACCAGAUAUAAUAACAUUUAGCACGAUCAUGAAUGCAUGGAGCACAGCAGGAUUCAUGGAUAAGUGCAGAGAAAUCUUUGAUGACAUGGUGAAGGCUGGUAUAAAACCUGAUGCACAUGCAUACAGCAUUUUAGCUAAAGGUUAUGUGCGAGCACAAGAGCCAGAGAAAGCUGAAGAGCUCCUGGAAACCAUGAUUCAAUCUGGAUGCCGCCCAAAUGUUGUGAUUUUCACAACCACCAUCAGUGGAUGGUGCAGUGCUGGCAGAAUGGACAAUGCCAUUAAGAUUUUCAACAGGAUGUGUGAAUAUGGAAUUUCUCCUAAUUUAAGAACCUUUGAGACAUUGAUGUCAGGAUAUAGUGAAGCAAAGCAGCCAUGGAAAGCAGAAGAGAUUCUCCAAAUUAUGGCAGAGUUUGAUGUUCAGCCUGAGAACUCUACUGUCUUGGUCCUAGCAGAAGCUUGGCGGGCUACUGGAUUGACCAAAGAGGCAAAUAGAAUAUUAAGUAGAGCGAAAAGUAGAGAAAAACAGAGAACCUACCCAAUUGAAGCAGGGGAAGAGAUAUCAUUAGAAAAAUUAGCCUAUUCUAGUAUACUACAGAUACCGAAUGCUUUUACAAAUGACCAAAAAGCAACAGGUGCAGCUCAGAGAAGAGGUCGGAUGGUGUCGAGAUACACUGAGUUUUUGGCUGCAAAGUCCAAGUGUCUUUCGCAUACAUGUAAAUUCGGAGCAAGGUCACUCAUUAUUUGGCAUAAGCUAUCUCAAGGGCAGUUCUGUACAUAUGCUCACUUUGCAGCUUCAUGUACAACUGUUUUCUUAAACUGACAAGCAGAGAAAUGAUAAAAUAGGGGAGAGCCAGAGGUGUUCAAAUGUCAAAUGUCCGGGGGAAAUUCUGCCGUCACCUACAUUUUCUCUAUCAUCCUUAUUGUUAUUUUCUUUUUGUUGCUCCUUGCCGGAAAUGGAAAGUUACAUAUAUAAUGGCUUUAGUUAUUAUCAGUCCAACCAUCGAUUUAUACCGUUGACAUGAAAGAAUGUAAAUAUUAAGUCUCUCUCUGUGAUGUACAAUGCUUUGUGGUUAUCAUUUUUUUUAUUUA